AUGGAGCUUAUUGUUCCUGAUUCUUGUUAUAAAGUGGUCUGCAGUGGUUGCUUAAGCAUAGAUAGAAAUUUUACUCAAGUAAAUCAAUCUACAACCCUUUUUAAGUUGUUUCGAUCGCUUUUAGCAGAUUACGCGGGAGAAAAUCUUGAAGACUCUCUUAGCUAUUUUUAUAAAAUACAAGUAACACUGUGCUGGGAAUGUGUUGCCAUGUUAACCAAAUUUAAAAAGUUCAAACAGCAAGUUCAAACCGCGUAUGAGCAUUUAAAAGUAUUGUCCUUGACUCAAGCACAAGAGACUCUGGACCACACAUAUAUGGCCCAAUCUCUGUCUCCACUAGAGUAUUCAAUAAAAAAUGAUUAUGAUAGAGUCUACAUUGAUUACCAGGAGCAUACAGAAAUCUGGCCUCAGCCAUACAUUACAAUAACUACUCAGGAUGUUAAAAAUGAGUCAUUUGAGGUAUCACAAGCACUUAGGGAUCACAUUACCUUGGGAACUGAUGAUCCAGUUUUAGAAGUACCUGAGCUCGUACUAAAAAACCCGGUCACCGGUGCCUUAUCGCAUAUAGUUGUGGGGACAGAUGCUCUGGUCUCAUCAGUGGACUAUAAUGUCAAGGGGGAAAUGACGGAACUGAUUGUUCAGCCCCAAGAAAAUCUGCAAUCUAUUAAACCCGAAUCGAAGUCCAAAGAUGAGGCGAUGGAAGGAAAAUCUGGAUUUAUUACUGAGUAUAUGUCGCAAGAGGACAUGUUGGCAUCUCGGGAGGAAUUAAAGAAGAAAGUCCGCUACGUAAGCUCGGUGUAUAAGUGUGAAUUGUGUAUAUUAGAAUUUUACCUGCAACAACAGGUAGAGGAACAUUUCGAUGCGGCUCAUAGUGAGCGACCCGGCUGCACACCAUGCAAAAUUUGCUACGUAUAUGUCGAGUCGUCGAAACUGCAGGCACAUAUAGACAAGCACUACAUACGAUAUAUAUGUAAACUAUGUUCGCGAGUUGAAUAUAGUAUAAAAUUAAUAUCUCUUCACGUUAAAACACAUUUGGAUAAGAAAUUGCCUAAUAGUGUUAUACAAAUUGGAGAUAGCGACGGUGUGAAAAAGCGCCGAAAGAAAAAGUCUCAAGCAGUAGAAGAAAUAACAAAUCCGAAACCAGGUGACCUCAGAAAGUUAUUAUCAAAAACUACUAUUGUUGGCUACAAGUGUUUGGAAUGUGAUCUAUUUUUCAAAAACUCCCGCGCAAGAAAAAAUCACGUCGCGAGAUGCCAUAGAGAAGGAUUGCAGUGUGAUCACUGUAAAAAACGAUUUGUGAACAGAACUACUCUGGUUACUCAUUUGAGACUUCACGAAGGGCCCUUGCCGCGCGAGAAAUGUCCCAUAUGUAAUAAAAUGGUGCGCGUGAUUCAACUAAAAUAUCACAUACAGAGACAUCAAAAUUCCAGUCGAUACGAGUGCUCGGAUUGCAAUAAAGUGUUCUCACAUCUUGCUACGUAUCAAGCGCAUCUUAAAUAUUCGCGUGCGCACGCGUCGGAUACAGUGUUUAAAUUUCAAUGUCCAAUGUGCCACAAGGGUUAUCCGACGAAAGACGCGAUGCAGGACCACUUCAACUACCAACAUUUGGGGAAAACGACGCAUAAAUGUCCGAUAUGUAGUAAGCCGAUCGCAUCAAAGGCCAAUGUUGAAAAGCACAUAAUGAGGGUACAUCGCGAGAAAAAGGAGAAACCGAAGAAUCAUAUGUGUAAUCUUUGCGGGAAGAAAUUUUCGGACAAAAAGGCCCUAAACCAACAUGAGGUGAUCCACUCAAUGGACAGACCGCUGACAUGCGAGAUCUGCUCACAAUCGUUCAAGCAAAAGGCAUCCUUAUAUACACAUAAGAAACGUGUACAUAAAGUGCAACCUCAGAAACGAGUCGUAGAAUUUAUGGAUAGAGAAGUGUCCUAA